AUGAGCAGCAAUGCAAGCUCUGAUUUUGGAGAAAAAUCCUUUAUCAUUGUUUGUACCAUGUUACCAUGUUGUGGUCAUUCUCUUAAUUUAGUUGGAAAGGCUGCUGCUAAUGCUUGCACAUCGGCUGUUCAAUUCUUUGAUUUUGUCCAGAAUUUAUAUACAUUUUUCACAUUUUACGUGUUGAAACGGCUUAGCGAUACACGCUGGUCUUGUCGAGCUGAAGCUACGAAAGCUAUUGUUGACGGUUAUUUUGAAAUCAAAGAAGCUAUAUCUUGUGAUAAGAAGCAAAAUGAGAUCGUGAGAAUUGAAGCAACGCAUCUUUUGGAGAAGAGCUAUUUUACGCUACAAACAGGAUCUUGCAGGACCCGAAGAUGA